GCGGCCGCCCCGCGCCUCUCUCCCCGCCGCGCAGCCCCCGACGCCUCGCAGAUGUUAGUGCACAGUUUUUCGGCUAUGGAGCGCCACGACAGUGCCAGCAACGGGACGGCGCGGCUGCCCCAGCUGGGGGCCGUGGGGCAGUCCCCGUAUAGCAGCGCCCCGCCGCUCUCGCACACCCCCAACGCCGACUUCCAGCCUCCCUACUUCCCCCCCCCGUACCAGCCCAUCUACCCCCAGUCUCAGGACCCCUAUUCCCACGUCAACGACCCUUACAGCCUCAACUCCCUGCACACCCAACCGCAGCCCCAGCACCCGGCUUGGCCGGGCCAGAGGCAGAGCCAGGAGCCGGGUUUGCUGCACGCGCACCGGGGGCUGCCCCAUCAGCUGGGGGGGUUGGACCCCCGCCGCGACUACCGGCGGCACGACGACCUGCUGCACGGCCCGCACGGGCUGGGCGCGGGGCUGGCCGACCUGCCGCUGCACUCCAUCCCUCACGCCAUCGAGGACGUGCCGCACGUAGAAGAUCCCGGCAUCAACAUCCCGGACCAGACCGUCAUUAAGAAAGGCCCCGUGUCCCUCUCCAAGUCUAACAACAACGCCGUCUCCUCCAUCCCCAUCAACAAGGACGCGCUCUUCGGCGGGGUGGUGAACCCCAACGAGGUCUUCUGCUCGGUGCCGGGCCGCCUCUCGCUGCUCAGCUCCACCUCCAAGUACAAGGUCACGGUGGCGGAAGUGCAGCGACGCCUCUCGCCUCCCGAGUGCCUCAACGCCUCCCUGCUGGGCGGAGUGCUGCGGAGGGCAAAAUCCAAAAAUGGCGGGCGGUCCCUCCGAGAGAAGCUGGACAAGAUAGGGUUGAACCUGCCGGCCGGGAGGCGCAAAGCUGCUAAUGUCACCUUGCUCACCUCGCUGGUGGAGGGGGAAGCAGUGCAUCUAGCUAGAGAUUUUGGGUACGUUUGUGAGACAGAAUUUCCUGCCAAAGCAGUAGCUGAAUUUCUCAACCGACAACAUUCCGAUCCAAACGAGCAAGUCACAAGAAAAAACAUGCUUCUAGCUACAAAACAGAUCUGUAAAGAGUUCACCGACCUGCUGGCUCAGGACCGAUCUCCCCUGGGGAACUCGCGGCCCAACCCCAUUUUGGAGCCGGGCAUCCAGAGCUGCCUGACCCACUUCAACCUCAUCUCGCACGGCUUUGGGAGCCCGGCGGUAUGCGCUGCCGUCACCGCCCUGCAGAACUAUCUCACCGAGGCGCUCAAGGCCAUGGACAAAAUGUACCUCAGCAACAACCCCAACAGCCACACAGACAACAGCACCAAAAGCAGCGACAAAGAGGAGAAGCACCGAAAGUGAGGAUUCCCCCCCACUCCUCUCCCUUCCCCCCCUCGCAGCCCAUCAGUCCAUUCAUCUCCCUCCUCCCUCUGCCCUGCACCCAGCACCCCAGGCUACGGCAACAGAAUGAGCAUCCUUCUGCCAAUCCUGUUCUCUGACUCUGCGGGACUGCUCUGCCCUCUCCCCGCACCCUUCCCAGCAUCCGCAUCUCCAUUUGCUCCCUUUUAACUCGUUCCCCCUCUCCCUGCUGCCACCAUCGUUUUGCUACCCCGGUUUGGAGCCUAAGAGAACAGAAAACAGGGGGACGGAGCCAGCAAAAAGUAAAAGU